AUGAGGCUCAAAUAUCCCCAUAUUGCCAUAGGCGCACUUGCAGCUUUGGCACCAGUGCUUCAAUUCGAAGAUCUUGUGCCAGCAGAAACAUAUUAUGACAUUGUCUCCAAUGAUUUCAAGUGUGAGACUAUGAGCUGCUUUAACACUAUAAAAGAUUCAUGGGAUGCAAUAACUUAUGAGGGUCAAAAAAAUGAUGGCCUUCAGCUGCUCAGUAAGAUGUUCCGUUUAUGUCGCUGGUUUAUUGAUUCUGAUUCAAUUAAGGAUGAAUUCAGGGAGCCGGAAAAAGCUGAAGAUCUUUCUGACUGGUUGGAAUCUGCUUACAAUUUUUUGGCCAUGACAGACUACCCAUAUCCUACUGACUUCGUGAUGCCUUUACCUGGAAACCCAAUAAAUGAGGUGUGUAUAAAGAUUGACAGUUGUUCUGAUAGAACCAGCAUUUUGGAGCGCAUAUUUGAAGGAAUAAGUGUCUAUUAUAAUUAUACCGGAGCAGUUGACUGCUUUGACCUGGAUGAUGAUCCUCAUGGCACAGAUGGUUGGAUAUGGCAGGGAAACAUAAUGCUAGUGGCAUCCUUGUCUGCUUUAAUUGAUGUAUCUGAGAGGGUAAAUGUAUUUGGCCCAUGCCUUGUAAGAACUGGGUAUCAAGAGCCAUUGCUGGAUGCAUACAUUACUGCUCAUGAUGAUUUCAAGAGUGCCUUGAAAUUGUUUGGAAGUAAAAUCAUAUUCUCCAAUGGCCUAUUGGAUCCUUGUAGUGGCGGCAGUGUUCUGGAGGAUGUAUCUGAGACUAUUGUUGCCCUUACAGAAAACGGUGCCCAUCACUUAGAUUUGCGUGCUGCAACUGCCGAGGAUCCUGAUUGGCUGUUGCAGCAGAGAGCAACUGAAAUCAAGCUGAUUGAAGGCUGGUUGAACAACUACUAUCAGGCAAAGAAGGGCAACUUUUGGCGUAUAAAAGUUAUGAUUUUUGGUUAUUUUCUGGUAUAUAUGCCUCUAUCUUUGUGACCUACUCCGCUACUCGAUUCCCUGCUUACAUCGCCAUAUUAUCUUUGUUGGAAGAAUUUUCGGUGCUGUCGUUGAGAAAAACACAACAGCACUGUAUCAAUAACUUUGACUGCUACCAUCUGUUGGGAACAUUUGUAAAUACAA